ACUAGCGCGAAAUCGGUAUGGGACAUUAACUUUAAAUUCCGUGUGCACUUACGUAUUUUAAGGAUGAUAAUGACAACAACAACCACUAGCUAGCCUGUUCCUCGGAUCGUUAGAGAUUCUGGAGCGUUGCGCUUGUGAUUGAGUGGCGUGGUGAACGGGGCGAACCCUAUUUCAGCGCUGCCGUGCUAAACAGCUCAUCUACGGGUGCUCGAGACGGACCCGUCUAGGCCCGAGGAUGUAGGCACGCAUCCGCUCGAUGCGGUGCAUUGGCAAAGACGGGACAAGAGCGGCAGGUGUGCACCGCCUUAGCAAACAUGGUCAUUUUGUGUGAUCAACGGUGCGUCGCUGCGUUUUCCCUCCCGCUCUGAACGGCUCCUCCCCGCUGCGUUUGUGCUCGCUCUCAUGUAGGUGCUGCAUUUCUCACAGAGUGGGUCAUAGUGAGCGAUUUUGCCAUCAUUCUUCACCCGCGGCCCGUGCCAGUGGAGAACUUCGGGCGGACUGUGAGAUUGACUGACACACGGUUAGCCUGCCGCCGCCAAAGGCUCUUAAAACUGCUGCACUGUUUCAAGAUUUCUCUGGUGGUGCUGGCCAUAGCGCCAUGGCUCAGACCCUUCAGAUGGCGAUCCCAAACUUUGGCAACAAUGUUUUGGAGUGUUUGAAUGAGCAGCGCCUGCAGGGGCUGUACUGUGAUGUGUCCGUGGUGGUAAAAGGCCACACCUUCAAAGCUCACCGUGCUGUGCUGGCGGCCAGCAGCUCCUACUUCCGAGACCUUUUCAACAGCAGCUCGGGCAGCAAGACCCCAACUGUGGUGGAGUUGCCCCCAGCAGUACAGCCCCAGAGCUUUCAGCAGAUCCUGGCCUUCUGCUACACCGGCCGCCUCAGCAUGAAUGUAGGAGACCAGUUCCUGCUCAUGUACACAGCUGGCUUUCUCCAGAUCCAGCAGAUUAUGGAGAAGGGCACAGAGUUCUUCUUGAAGGUCAGCUCUCCUAGCUGUGACUCCCAGGGCCUCCAUACUGAAGAGACACCUCCUUCAGAGCCUCAAAGCCCCGUAACCCAGACUGCUGCUGGAGUUGCGGCCAACGGAGGUAGUGGGGUGGUGGCUACAGUGACUAGUCGGCCUGCUUCCUGCUUGACCCCGCUGCCCUUGGUUUCUCGAGUGAAAACGGAGCAGCCGGAGGCUUCGCCCUACUCUGUGGUGUGUACACCGGUGGCCAAGCGGCUCUGGGAAGGAAGUAACCGGGAAGGCGGAGGAGGCUCGGGUGGAUCGGGUGGAGGUGGGAUGAGGAAGGCGGCUCGCUUCUCUCAAGAGAUGGCACGCGGCAGCGCCAUCCAGCAGCAAGGUAGCAUGGGACUUGGUAUGGGUCUUGGAAUGGGCACAGGUGGCCACGGCGGCAGCACCAAUGGAAAUGGCAAUGGCACAAGCAGUGCCACCCCUGAAGGCACCAGUCCAGGUACAUUGAGUGCUUAUGCCAGUGAUUCACCCAUCUCUUACCAUGAUGAUGAGGAAGAGGAGGAGGUGGUGGAUGAUGGCACUGAAGAACAGUACAGACAGAUCUGCAACAUGUACACCAUGUACAGCAUGCUUAACGUGGGCGCUACAGCAGGUGAGCGUGUGGAGGCCCUCCCUGACCACUCGGAGACACGGCCCAGGAUGCGCGGGCGACAGGAUCUUGCCUCUCUCCCCGCUGAGCUUAUCGCUCAAAUCGGCAACCGCUGUCAUCCCAAACUUUACGAGGAGGGCGACCCUGCAGAGAAACUAGAGCUAGUUUCAGGCACCAGUGUGUACAUCUCACGAGCUCAGCUGAUGAACUGUCACGUCAGUGCAGGAACCAGACACAAAGUUCUUCUGAGGAGGCUGCUGGCUGCUUUCUUUGAUAGGAGCACUCUGGCCAACAGUUGUGGAACUGGCAUCCGUUCCUCAACCAAUGACCCUAGCCGUAAGCCACUGGACAGCCGUGUGUUGCAUGCAGUCAAGUUUUACUGCCAGAACUUUGCCACCAGCUUUAAGGAGAGCGAGAUGAACGCCAUUGCGGCAGACAUGUGCACUAACGCUCGGCGUGUGGUACGAAAGAGCUGGAUACCCAAGCUGAAGCUGCUAAUGGCGGAGGGCGAUGCCUAUGCCAAUUUCCUCCCCGACAGCAUCAAGAUGGAAGCGGAUGGCCUGGGGGCGGAGCCUAACUUUGAGACAGCGAGCUUGGAGGGCGGCGCUGUGGAGACCGGAGGGUCGUCGGGCGAGUCUCUGCAGGGUGUGGGCGGAGAAUCCACUUUGUUUCAGUGAGUGGCCCAGUGAGGAAAGCCCCAUUCCCUCUGCGCCCCACCUUCUACCCACCUCCCACUGCGUGACUCUGGGCUCUGCUGCUUCUGCCUGGGAUGGGAAGGGAGAGUCGGGUAGGAGAUUGGAGGAGAUAGCACAGUCUAUAAAGGGUAGCGUCAGGAGGAACUUGAGGGGUUUAUGACGGGCACCAUUUUCUUUUCAAUCAUUUUUGUUUUUGCUGAAUAACCCUUUUUUGCACAGAAGAUCCCCUUGCCUCCAUACUCUGCAAAUAAAUAUAUAGUCACUGAUUCUAUACAAGUACAUAAUUAGGACCAGGAAAAGUUUUCCUGUCUCACAAACACACACAUAUGCACCUGCUCUACUGGAGGCUGAGGUUCCCUGAUCUCACUGUACUGAAUUUGAAUGUAUCCAUUUGUAGCACCUGGCUAUGUAAGACUAGCCGAUUGUAUUUGGCCCAAGAGAGACAUGAAAAAUGCUUGUCAUAAGAUCUAAAGAACGGCAGAUGGAGAAAGUAGUGAAGGAGAAGUUGGUGGCAUAUUCUGUCUCUCAUUCUGUCUAAAAUGGAAAGAAUUUGAUAGCCUCCUCUCCUUCCAUUCCUCUCAAAAUAAAUGUGGGAUCGUAGUCUGCCACGUUCUUUGGUUUAUGUCACCAUUUUCUUCCUCUCCCCUUUCUGCUUGUUUCACUGUGUGUGUGUGUGUGUGUGUGUGUGAUAUAAAUCCAGAGCUAAUGAAAGAUUACGGACUGUAAAGGAUACAAAUAUAUUUAUCUGCUUGCACCUUUCAAGCACGAGAGAGAGAGGGAUUGUUUUAAAAUGUCUUUUUGUGUUUUUUUUUUUUGUUUUUUUUUGUACUUCAGUGUUUGUGAAGAGACACCUUGUUUUGGGGCUUUAAGUGGAAAUAGUAAAAUAAUGAGGACUAUUUUUGCAUAAGGAUUAUCUUAUAUUUCAAAGACUGGUGCUUGGCUUGGAUCUGGAUGGCCCUCUUUUGUGAUUAUUUCCUAUUUGAUUGGCCCUUCAAACUGUUUGUUGCCAGUUUUGGCCAAUGACAUAUGACUUUGGUUUGUUGAUUGGUGCAAUGGCUAACUCCAAUACGAACUGGUUCUCAUUGACAAUGAACCGGUUGAUUAAUCAGAAGCAGGCAGAUUCAACAUGACUUUAAGAAUUACUUUGUGUAGGACAAAAAAGAAGAAAAGAAAUUGUUUUUAGUAUGUAAACCUUUUAGCUUUCUUACCUCCCUCUACCGCACACAGAAACAUGCAUUUACAGCCCGAGGAAGGGAUGGCGUGCUUCUUAAUAUUAGUCACUUUACUGUCUUAAGGUUUGGGCCUGACUUUGUGUGUUUGGGAAUGGAGGAGGAUUUACAUUGCCUGUGUCCCAGGAGAGGAGGAGCAGAAUGAUUAAGCUUCUCUAUGUUGCCCAUGUCCCUGUUUGGGCAGCUGUGUGUGCAUAUGUGAGUGUUUGAGCCUGUGCUCGCUUAGGCAAGCAUGUUUGUGUCCGCACAAGUCACCAUCUGUAUACAUUCCUUGCACAUAUUUGGCACUGUGUGUUUGCAUGUGGGUAAUGUGUUGAUUCGGGGAUUUAAGGUAUGUUUGUUUCUGUGUUUGUACAUUGGCGGCACAUCCUGUGCAGAUGCUUUUAAGAAAAAAAUUUACUAUAACCAAUGAACUUUUGCAUAUCCCAGAUUUCCAUCAGGAUUUGAAUGGGAUCGCAGGUGAUGUCUUAAUGUCCGUUCAGGCAUGGCUUUAAAUGCACAUGUCUCGCUAAAACAGAAAUGUGAUACUUUAGGCUAUUUUAAUAUUUCAUGCCCAAGUAGUGUGCGUGUAUGUGUGUCUCUGUUGGGCCACUGAUCUCCUGGGACACACAGCUGCCCCCUUGCUGAUAGAGGAAAUGAACCUCUUUGCACCUUUUCGGCGACUGAACUAGAGCUUUUUGCACCUUUUUUGUAGAAGAGAGUGGUGGAUUGUGCACCUUUUUGUAGAGCAUAAUUGAUGGUUUUGGGACUAAACUAGCGGAUGUGUAUGUGUCAGUUAUCUGGCCCAGAACAGAAUGCACCCCUUUGUCUGGGACCAGCCAUGCUGAAUACUGAUGUAAAUAUUGAAGAGACUGUUGAACAGAUUUUGACCACAUUUUUUUUUAACAGGUCGUUUCUCUCUUUAAUUGAUGGCAUACAUUAGGUAUUUUACCCCUCUUGUUUUAGCUAAUGUUUACUCAUUGUUUUUCUUUUAUUUGCAUAACCAGUUCUGGCUUACCUUCUGUUUGUAUAUCUGGGAAUUGUAGUUCAGUUAUUCCAGGCUUAAGAGUCGAAGCAAAUAAAGUGAACUCCUGGCAAGUUUACUUCUUCAAGUGGUCUAGUUCAGGUUCUGAUUUGUGACCUCAUUUUUUCUGGACCAGAAAAAAAUAAUGCCUCUUGUGUAGAAAUGUAUAACAUUGACAAGCCUGCGCAAUUGAUAUCUGGGUUUGAAAAUGUCACACAGACAUUUGUUUCUCCAUUCUUUUAACAGACCACGUGUACUGUAUAUACUUUUAAAAAAUACUACUAAUUCAAGUUGAAAAAGUUGACUUGCCAAGUUUUUUUAAGGAUACAAUAUAGAGUUGUUUGACAGAUGAUAGAGUAAUGAGUAUUUUUUUCAUUUCUUUGUAUUGACAAAAGUGCUGGGAAGGUGGGGCCAUGGUGAGGGACGUACUGGUGCUAUGUGUGCAAUUCUAUAGAUGUUAAAGGCCUGCUGGGUCAUUGGUGCCUUUUCAGAAGGACUGUGGGAGAUAGACUGCGUGUAUCUCUGGGUGGGGCGGUGAGCAGUGGCGCUUUUCCCCUCUUCUUGCCGGCUAUGACUGUGCCAGUGUUUAUGCGUCCUCCAUUUUGAUGGCACAGAUCACAUAUGCUGCAUGCGUUGCUGGAGAGGAAUCGCUGUUUCCAUCCGCCACCUGCAGUCUGUGUGUUGUUACUGCAGCUUAGAUUUACUACUUACAGACAACAGCAGGUGGUGUCAUACCUGAGAAAGAAGACUUUUAAAGUCUUUGGAAGACUGAGAGUCACUACAAAAGAUGGCCUUUUUCUAACUGGGAAGUUAAAGGUGAUGUGUAAUUGUUUUCAAUGGGAAAAUUAUUUCCUUACUAUAAGUAAACCAUGUGUAGGUUGAUUUUCCCUGAAAAGUGUAAACACUGUGGCUCUGUUUGUUUGAGCAUCCCAACCAGCCCGACACAGCGACGUUGGUUCAACCAAUGUGCGAGUUUGGGGCGGGAGUAUCUGUUUGGCCAAGAAAUGGAAGCGUUUUUUUUUUUUUUUUCUUGUGAUUCCGUCUGGUGACACAAAUAGUGCAGAAAUCACUCACUUCACCAGAAUUGUAUAUUAUUAUUAUUAUUAUUAUUAUUAUUAUUUAGGGGAAACUUAGGACUUUUCUAGUUCCCCCUUGUCUAGUCCCCCCCCCCCCCCCCCCCCGCCCAUGGUAAAUAAAAGGUUUCUAAUGAAUGGAUGGACCAGUGAUGAUCAAAAAAGGCCAGGAUGUCCAUAUCAUGCUGUCUGUCUGUCUGAUCGGGGGGUGGAGAAAGAGUGUGAGAAUUUAACCGCCCAUUAAUCUUGUGAUUCUGCCAUUCAGAACGUUGUAAUACAGUCUGUUGGGGUAAUGUACAUUGUAGAUCAUUGUGAAUUUGUAACCUGGCGGAAGUGAGAGAGUGUGGAGUGGUGUAUGAAAAAUAAGUGAACUUUUCUGAAUGGUGACUUGUGUGUCUCUCUCUCUCUGCAAAUGCAGAAAUUGGGCCUGUCUGUUCUGGAGUGACCGGCUGGCUGUAUUUGAAGGUUUUCCUUUGGCUUGCAGUUUUCGCUGCGUUUGUCAACCUAAGCCUCUUUAAACCAGAAUGCAGCACUGCUAUUCCACUCUAAAUAACAGACAUACCACAUAAAGAUACUCUCACCUCUUUCUCUGCAUGUUGCGUUCUUUUCAGCAUACCCCAAUACUCUGCUUUUAGUCCUUCCCCAAUAUGAGAUGAUGAUGAUAACCCAUUUCUGCAAAUGUUUUGGUUAAGUAACAUGCGAUAGAUGGACAUCCCUAUGUCUGGACAUGGUGUCACGAAUUCCAGAGAAAUACAGACAGGAUGGUGGGUGACAUCAGCUCGCUUGAACACUCAAAUACAAACAAACUGGUUGUGAACCUUUUUUUUUUACGAUGCAGUGUCUCACUUUCUAUGACUACAUCCCUAUACAAAUCUAUAUAUUGUAUAUUACAUAGAAGCACUAAUGAAGUUUGAUUGUUAGUCGUGCACUCUCAGCAUGAGUUGUAACCCAUACCCAGCUGUGCUCAUGCAGUGACCCUGUAAUGCCAGUGCUCAUCCACUCCAUUCUGUCUGUGUUCAAAGUGCCAAUAACUUUGUGAAUCCCUAACUGUGACCCAAUAUUAUCAAAAGUAAUUGCACAUUAACUACUGUAUAAAAAAAUAAAAAAUAAAAAAAAAGAUAAGAUAAGAGAGAAGUCAAAGGAUACAGCUGAAUAUCUUAAUAAAAGUUUGUAACAAAGGUUU